UGUACUUUGUGCUGUUCGUGAGUGGUUAUUUGAUCUAUACUCAGUUACGAUGCCCCGAAGGUGUUGUAUGCCGAAUUGCAGGGGCAAUUACGAUAAUGGACCUAAAGUCAGUGUAGUUUAUUUUCCAUCUGACGAGAAUUUAAGACGAAAAUGGUUAUCGGCUGUUCACAGACAAGACUGGACACCGAGUAAGCACUCUGUUAUAUGUGAACUGCAUUUCAACAAGGACGACCUUUUAAGCAGUACCAGUAUGUAUGACCCGAAAACUGGUAUACUCUUGACAGCACCGUUGGAUCGUCGACGCUUGAGAAAAGAUGCUAUCCCAUCGAAGUUGCCUGGAUGCCCAUCUUACUUGUCGAGUCAUCAAACUGCAGUACGAGAGGACCCAGAAAUUCGUAGGGGGCGUUUAGAAAAUCGUGCUCUUCAAAUUGCUAUCCAAGAAAGUGUGGACACACAUGCGAAAAUGAUUGAUGCGAUAUCGUUCGAUAGUUUAGAACAAAUGAAAACAAAGUUGAGUGAAUGUGAAAAGCACAGUGACUGGGUAGUGAUAAACAAAUCUGACAGUGUGAGACUAGUGUUACUAAAGUAUAAUCCUUACCCAAGAAUUUUUUGCCACGUAGUUAUAAGCAGUGGUUUAUUACUCAGUGUCUUCAAUAAUGAUAUUGAAGUGAAAUGUAUUGGAAACAUGAAAUUUCCCAUGAAAGUAAACAACAUACAGGUGGUAAGUGAUGUUCUUAAGAACAUUUAUCUUCUGUAUAAUAGUUCUGAGGCUCCUGUAGAUAACAUUUUGUCUUUAAUUGACCAGUUAUUGCAAAAUUUAUUAGGCAAGUUGCCAGGAAACGAAACUAAAAUUACAUUUUUGAAGGAACAGAUUUCAUUUUUGAAGUGCAGAAGUUCAACUCAAUUUAGGUAUGAUACUAACUCUAUGAUAAUGUGGUCAUUAGUACAUUCUAUAAGCCCACAUGCUUACAAAUUUUUGAGGAACACUGACAGUUUUUCUAUGCCUAGUCCUAACACCCUUUCAAGGCUUUGUAGUAAACUCUCAACAAAUCCUGUCAUUGAGCAACAGGGUCAUCAGUUUAUGAGCUACAUCACAAAUAAAGUAGGUACUUUAUCCUCAGAUGAUAAAACUGUGCUCCUGUUGAUGGAUGAAAUUCAUCUGAAGUCUCAGCUUGAUUACAAAGCUGGAAAUGUUGUAGGAUGUGCCUUUAACACUGAAAAAUUUUUGUGUGCAACCAGCGCCUAUGUUUUUAUGGUUCAGAGCAUGGAAUCACCUUACAAGGAUGUGGUAUCUAUUCUGCCAGUUCAUACUAUUCAGGGUGAUGUUCUGUUCUCUUACAUUAAAGCAGUCAUUGUUAAAUUAGAAGCAGUUGGAUUUGAGGUGGUUGGUAUAGUAGCAGACAAUAAUGCAAUUAAUAAGAAAGCAGUGUCUAAAUUUUCUACUCCUCCAGAUGUGAAAAUAAAGUAUGAUCACCCUUCUCCAAAUCGCCCAUUGUAUUAUUUUGUGGACACUGUCCAUAUUUUGAAGUGUAUCCGCAAUAACUGGUUUAACCAAAAGGAGCAGAUCUUGUGUUUUCCUGACUUCAGUGACAGUUUGAAGGGAGGUUUGUCUUCUGUUGGAGCACUGAAAGAAUUGCACUUGAUAGAAAAAGAUGAACUAUUGCAAUAUGGCAGUUCCUUAACUUUGAAGUCUCUAUUUCCUAACUCAAUUGAGCGCCAAAAUGUCAAGUUAGUGUUGCGUAUUUUCAGUGAUAUGACAGUUGUUGCUUUGGACACAUUUGGUUCAAAGAAAGCAAUUAGCAACUGGGAAAGUACUGCAACAUUCAUAAAAAUAAUAAAUCGUUGGUGGGAUAUUGUAAAUGUAAAAACAUUACUCAAGGGACAGAGGUUAAGAAAUAUUUUCCAAGAACCUGUGACUAGUAAAUCCCAUCACAUACAAGAAUUCUUACAGUGCUUCAUCUCAUGGUUAUGUUCUUGGGAAGAGUGUAGUGAUGAAAGAAAACUUACUCGAGAGACACAUAGCGCUUUGAAACACACAACUGCUGCUUUGAUCGACUUCAGUGACUACUGGCUUUCUGAGAAAAACAGAUCAUAUUUGCUGUUAGGAAAAGUACAGACAGACAGUUUAGAAGACAGGUUCGGCAAAUACCGCCAGCUAUGUGGGGGAAAUUAUCAUGUUUCUCUAAGACAAGUUUUUGAAACUGAACAAAAACUAAGGGCACAGUCUAUGUUUUCCCUUGUGCUUCGGUCGAAAGUAGUUGGGGAUGUUGUUAUUAAGACCACUGAUAUUUUUUCUACUCAUACUCAAAUUCAGGGAUUAAAAGAAACAUCAAUACCAGAAUUUUUAAAUGUAGCAGUAGAUGAAAAUGAUGUUGAUGGAAUAGAUGAGAAUACUUGGCCACUGUUGCAUUACAUAGCAGGUUACUGCUCACACCAAGCUAUUAAAAAAAACCAUUGUGAAUAUUGUAAGGUAUUCCUUACUACAGAUGAAAUGAAGCAGGGUGGUGAUGAUUUGAUUAUGGUAAAAGACAGAGGAGGGUUGACAUAUCCUGCAGAUGAUGUAGUAGUGUGUGUGACAUAUGUCUAUUUAACUCUACAGAAAAUUCUGAAAGACCAGGAAAUUUUAUUUUUAGAACAGGCAAAUCAGAGAAAUGUACUUGUGAAGGUAGCAUCCCACAACAUUCCCAGCAAUCUUUUUUAUGUGUUUCACUGUAAAAAUAAACACUCAAUUGAUUCAGUCAUGAAUUGCAUACUGUUUUGCUGUGCAAAUAUUUUGCUAAACAAUUACACCAAGAGGAGAAAUGAUGUAACUACUGUUAAAAAUGUAACUGUGUACAAAAGAUUGAAAAAAUGUUAAAUUAUACUGUUUGGGGCUUGGGAAGAUGAUGUGAAAUAAAUGUUUAUUUCUA